GUGGGAUGCUAUGGAAUAUGAUGAGAAGUUGGCCCGGUUCCGGCAGGCCCACCUCAACCCCUUCAACAAGCAGCUUGGGGCCAGGCAGCAUGAGCAGAGGGCUGGUGAGGAGGCCCCAGACGUCGCUUCAGAAGAGACCCUGCCUGAGCUGGCCCCUGGGGAGCCGGAGUUCAGCUGUGCGGAGCGUGUGAUGGAUCUCGGUCUGUCUGAGGACCACUUCUCCCGCCCCGUGGGUCUGUUCCUGGCCUCUGACAUCCAGCAGCUGCGGCAGGCCAUCGAGGAGUGCAAGCAGGUGAUCCUGGAGCUGCCCGAGCAGUCAGAGCGGCAGAAGGACGCCGUCGUGCGGCUCAUCCACCUGCGGCUGAAGCUCCAGGAACUGAAGGACCCCAAUGAAGAUGAGCCCAACAUCCGAGUCCUCCUGGAGCAUCGCUUCUACAAGGAGAAGAGCAAGAGUGUCAAGCAGACGUGCGACAAAUGUAACACCAUCAUCUGGGGGCUCAUUCAGACCUGGUACACCUGCACAGGCUGUUAUUAUCGCUGUCACAGCAAGUGCUUGAACCUCAUCUCCAAGCCCUGCGUGCGUUCCAAAGUCAGCCACCAAGCCGAGUACGAGCUCAACAUCUGCCCAGAGGCGGGGCUGGACAGCCAGGACUACCGGUGUGCCGAGUGCCGGGCGCCCAUCUCUCUGCGGGGUGUGCCCAGUGAGGCCCGGCAGUGUGACUACACGGGCCAGUACUACUGCAGCCACUGCCACUGGAACGACCUGGCUGUCAUCCCGGCGCGCGUGGUGCACAACUGGGACUUCGAGCCACGCAAGGUGUCCCGCUGCAGCCUGCGUUAUUUGGCGCUGAUGGUGUCGCGGCCAGUGCUCAGGCUUCGGGAGAUCAACCCUCUGCUGUUCAACUACGUGGAGGAGCUGGUGGAGAUCCGGAAGCUGCGCCAGGACAUCCUGCUCAUGAAGCCGUACUUCAUCACCUGCAAGGAGGCCAUGGAAGCGCGUCUGCUCCUGCAGCUCCAGGACCGGCAGCAUUUUGUGGAGAACGAUGAGAUGUACUCAGUCCAGGACCUCCUGGACGCCCACACGGGCCGCCUGGGCUGCUCGCUCACCGAGACCCACACGCUCUUCGCCAAGCACAUCAAGCUGGAUUGUGAGCGGUGCCAGGCCAAGGGUUUCGUAUGUGAGCUCUGCAGAGAGGGUGACGUGCUGUUCCCCUUCGACAGCCACACGUCUGUGUGCAGUGACUGCUCCGCCGUCUUCCACAGAGGCCCGCCCUGUGCCCAGGGCCUGACCCUGUCUGCCUGUCACUGUCCCCAGGGAUUGCUACUAUGACAACUCCACCACCUGCCCCAAGUGUGCCCGGCUCAUGCUGCGGAAGCAGUCUCUCUUCCAGGAGCCUGGUCCGGACGUGGAUGCCUAGAGCCACGGGCACCCCUCCCAAGCCUCUCUGGAGCCCACCCUACCGGUCAUUGCCAAAGUCAAGGUGUUUCUUUGCUCUGGACACCCCUGGGGUGCAGCCCCUGGACCUCACCCACUGGGCCAGAGGUGAAAGCACCACAAAGACGAUCAGCCCCCGUCUUGCUGGGACUCAGGGCUGUGCCUGGCUGUUUCCUGCGUGUGCUGCUGUGAGGGCCAGAAUGUGCCCCCUUCCACUGCAGGGCUCCAUGGUCAGGGGCGUGGGGGAGGGUUUCCGUCUUCCCCAUGGUGAAGAGCCCCCCCCCCCCCAUGUCCUUGGAGCCAGGCUGCUGGGUCUUGGCUGCCCUAAAAACCCUGGAGGGCUUCCAGGGAGUGGCUGACAAGACCUGAGGACGCCGGCUGCACACCCUCAGCCUUGGCCUGAGACUCAUCUGUAGUGGAUGGUUGGGAUCUCCCUGGAGGCUCCCAUCCCCCACCCCUUGUCUCUUUGGGGUCUCCUGGCUGUUCCUGGCCGAGGCUCUUACAGGUGUCCCCCAAGGGCCUGGCCCUGCCUCUACGGUUCUCUCCUAUAGAUUAGAGGUUGACAGGGCCAGUCCAGGGGUUACGGGUUCUUUCUACGCAACAUGGAGGGAAGGGGCCAUGGAGCUCUUUCCCCUGGGGGACCAGCUGUGGCUCCUGACUCGGCCUAGCCCGGCUCACUCUGGUGCUCUGAGCUGGGUGGCUGGGGGUCCUGCCUCCAGGUGUGGCUCUGGGAGAGGUUCCAGAGGUUUGAGUGGCAUUUCUGGGGACAAGAUUUGCCCUGAGAUGGUCUGUCCUGCUACAGUGCCUGUGGAGGAUCCGGACAGCUCACGGACCACCAGCCAGGGCCUUGUUGGGGACCCUGAGGUCAAGUGCUGGGAAUAUUUGCUCCAGUGAGUUCAGGCAGGAAGCCUCGAGUCCAUGCAGGAAGAUGAGCACGAGGUGUGUGACGCCCCAUCUGACAAAGGACCCCGGACGGGGGAUGAGGCCCACAGCUCUUCCUUGGGGGAGCUGCAGCCAACUCGACAUUUGCAGGGAUGUUUCAUGCAUCAGAGACCCUGCCUUUGAGGGGGCGGCCUGGGGGCAGAGUCUUUCCUGCCCUGCCCUGGACUGUGAUUGGCUGUCACGUACAGGUAAUGGUGGUGGGCAGGGAACACAGCCACUGGGUUCCCCAUCACCUUUGACUAGGAAGCCCAAGAGGAGAGGCUGCAGCCAGCAGAAGGGUCAGCUCAGCUUGUUGGCCAUUGGCCGACGCAAGGGGUGCUGAAGACAGUGUCAUGUGGCGGCUUUAGGCGAUCCUCUUGCUGUCUGCUCUGACCUGCCUCCGUGUGACAGCGAGAAGGGGUCAACAGCAGGUCCUCAGCCUGCCUCUCUUGUAGGGUUGCAGAGGGUUUAACCAGUUAACUACCACGUGUCCAAAACGGAAACCAUCCCCAUACGCCACAGUAUUUUGAAUUUAAUUUAAAAAAAUCAAUUUGCAAUGAAUAUUACAAAAAUAAAUAUAUUACAAUUUGAGUGUUCUUGAAUAUUUUCAGCUGAAAAUUCUCACAAAAAAUGAUUUUAAAGUUGGUCAGAGCUGCCACUUAGGGAAAACAUUUUUUUAUAGACGUGCGUGGCGUGUGGGGAAGGUCCGCCGCUUGCAUCUGUAGAUGCUUACGGCGUACAGGGGUUAAGGGCAGGUGCUCAGAUCUGCACCUUCUCACAGCUGCACGUCUGUCUUGGGACAGAAGCAUUCCUGCGUUCAUGUGUUAGGGUCAAUGUCCAGAAGAAACGCUAGCAUGCUGGCAUUUGUCGGACAGAAUUGGCUUUUUUAAUUUAUUUUUUUAGCUCCCUCAAUUACCUCCUGCCCCAACACCUCUUCUCCACCUAUCCCUUCUGGAUGACACAGUCUCCAAACAGAAUCACAUGUGGUCUUUCUGAGUCCACAGCACUCUAACAAGAACCCACAGAGGAACCAGUUUGCACAGCCAGCACCUUA